AUGGUCUCGGGAGUAGCACGCCGCGCGCUGCUCCCACGUCUCGCCGAGCCCUCGCAAGUGUCUCUGGCUGCAUCGCGAAGUCAACUGGGAGCUUCGUUCUACAAGUCUGAAGCUCUGCCUCUGCAGACGAGGCUUUUCCAUGCCUCUAGCAACCGUCAAGCCGCACUCCCUCCGUUCUCAAUCGCUACUUUCCGGUCAUCGACACACCCUACUCUAUCUCGCACCCAGAUUCCCCUGACACCAAAGCAAUCCCUCCAAUGUGGUUCAGUUUCGCACGUCCUCCGGCAAUUCUCAACGGCACCUCGUUUACUCCAAGAAAUCCAGACCAAGGCCGAGGAAGGCGCCAAGAAGUCUGCUGAACUUGAAAUCAAGCGAGAUCUUGCCGAGGAUGAACACAAACAAGAAUUCGCCAAAAGUGAAAAGGCCGCCAGAGCUGCGCAGGUCAACUUAGCUGCUAAGCUCUCCAGGGAGGGAAAGCAGGCUGGCAAAGCUGGUUCGGACGAAAUAGUACGACUAAUCAAGAUUGCCCGCCCUGAAAUUCGCUGGCUUGGCAUUGCCUUUGUCUUCCUGGUCAUUUCAUCUAGUGUCACCAUGUUGAUUCCGUUCUCUGUUGGUCGAAUCUUGGAUCUCGCUACCAAAGGCGAAGCCGACGAUGUCCGCCUCUUUGGAUUAACUAUGAACCAGUUCUUUGUUGGCCUGGGCACUGUCUUAACUAUUGGAGCUAUGGCUAACUUCGGUCGAGUCGUCCUACUUCGAAUUGUCGGCGAGCGAGUUGUUGCCAGACUUCGAUCUCAGCUUUAUCGACGCACAUAUGUUCAAGACGCCGAAUUCUUCGAUGCGAACCGAGUGGGAGAUCUCAUUUCACGCCUCAGUUCCGAUACGGUUAUUGUUGGUAAAUCAGUGACUCAGAACCUAAGUGACGGUCUUCGUGCUCUAUUCAGUGGAGGUGCUGGUUUUGCCAUUAUGGUCUGGACAAGCCCCCAGUUGACUGGUCUUUUGCUGCUCAUGUUCCCACCUAUCGCCGUUGGAGCUUUUGUUUACGGUCGAGCCAUUCGAAAUGUUAGCAGAUCGAUUCAGAAGAACCUGGGUACUCUGACCAAGAUUGCUGAGGAGCGACUGGGCAACGUUAAAACGAGUCAAGCAUUUGUUGGCGAGGUGCAGGAGAUCGGACGCUACAACAACCAAAUUCGAAAGAUCUUCGCUCUCGGUAAAAAGGAAUCACUCAUUGCCGCCACAUUCUUUGCUUCAACUGGUUGGGCUGGCAACAUGACCAUUCUUGCCAUGUUAGUGAUGGGAGGCGGAUUCGUACGAAGCGGAGCCAUGUCACUUGGAGAUCUCACCUCUUUCAUGAUGUACACGGCAUUCGCAGGUUCAAGUCUGUUUGGUCUCUCAGGCUUCUACUCGGAACUCAUGAAGGGAGUCGGUGCUGCGAGCCGACUUUUCGAGCUCCAGGAUCGCAAACCCGGAAUCCCGCAAACUGUUGGUGCUCAGGUGAAGUCGGCACAAGGUCCUAUCAAAUUCACCGAUGUCAGCUUUGCCUACCCAACUCGACCAGCUGUUAAAAUCUUCAACGGACUGGACUUUGAGAUCCCCUCAGGUAGCAAUGUGUGUGUUGUUGGUCCAUCAGGCGGUGGUAAAUCAACAGUGGCAUCUUUGCUCUUGAGAUUCUACAAUCCUACAUCAGGUACUAUCACUAUCAACGGUCAGGAUAUCUCCAAAAUGAACGUCAAGUCACUUCGACGACGUAUCGGCAUGGUUUCCCAAGAACCUGUUCUCUUCUCUGGAACUAUCGCCGAGAAUAUUGCCUAUGGCAGGCCUCAGGCAAGCCGUUACGAUAUCAUUUCCGCUGCUCGACGAGCAAACUGUAACUUCAUCAGCGACUUGCCCGAAGGUUUGGAAACCCAAGUCGGUGCUCGUGGAUCACAGCUCUCUGGUGGUCAGAAGCAGCGAAUUGCUAUUGCUCGAGCUCUGCUCAAGGAUCCUGAUAUUCUGAUUCUCGAUGAGGCUACAUCAGCGUUAGAUGCUGAGUCAGAGACUCUUGUCAACGAGGCUCUGGCUGGCCUUUUGCGUGGUCGCAAUACCACCAUCUCCAUUGCCCAUCGACUCUCCACUAUCAAGCGAUCUGAUCAAAUUAUCGUUCUCAACAACGAGGGCAAGGUCGCCGAAAUUGGCAGCUACAAGCAGCUUGCUGCCGACAACGAUAGCGCAUUCAGCAAGCUUAUGGAGUGGCAGAUGAGCGGUGGUGAGGUGUCCAAAGACGGCGGAUCGACUGCUGCCCGGGCACAUAUCACCGAGGCUGAGGAGCUCGAGGAUGAUCUAGACAGAGUGGAAGAGGAGGAAACUUUUGAGUCUGAGGAAGAGAGUAGGGACUCCAAGAGCGAAGAGAAGCGCCCUUGA